AUGUCUAUAUCUCCUACAAACAAAAGAAGGUUCAAGUUAAAAUAUGAAGUUGUAACAGUAUUUAUUAUGAAUAUGAUAAGCCUGGGAUGUAUGUUGAUGACUUUGUUUCAAAAAUAGCAUCUCAUAAAAGAAGAGCUUCAUCUCAAAGCAAAAUAUAGCCAAGUAUAUUGGAGAAUUAUGAAAAUAAAGUUCACAAUGUUUUUGAAAAGUAAAUGUAAGAGGCUGAAAAAUUGCAUAACAAAGUGAAGUACUGUUAUUUUUAAACAGACCAUAGAGAGAUUAGUUAUCUAAAAAGGAACUCAUAGAAAAAUUAGUAGAUCAAAUGUAGGAUCAUUUACAUUAAAAAGAGAAAGAAUUAUUUGAAACAAGCAAUAUAGAAGAUCAAAAGAGAUUGGAAAAGAGGAAAUCAAUAUUUUAUUAAGAGCAAUCCCAUUUAGCAAUGCUUGAAUAAAUGAAGGAAAGAUUUGCAUUCUAGUAAGAAAACAUAAAAUAGGAUGAAAGAAAAAAGUUAAAACAUCAAAUCGAUUCAUCACCAAUGAGAGGAGCUCGUAAAAAAACUAAUUUUGAAUGCCAGUUAUAUGAGUAAGAAUAAAUUGAAUAUGGUCUCUAAGAAUAUUAUAAACUACAGAGAAUCAAAAAAAAUGUUUAAAAAUAAUUAAAUCGAAUGGGAUUAGUUGAUUCAUCCAUUCCUGAUCAAAGAAUUCAUUCACGUAAACAAUCACUAUUAUAAAAUUCAUCAUAAUUAAUACAUAGUAGUUUAUAAACUUAAGAAAAAUCUAAAUCUAAAAGUAAUCCCAAAACUUACAAUACUAAUAAUAUCUUAAAAAGAAUUAAAGAGAAAAUCCAACACAUUCACACUAAUUAUAGUAAUAACAACUCAAUGAGCACUCUUCUAACAUGCUGCGAUCAAGAAAUUUAAUAAUUAAAGAGAAUCGAUAAUGAUAUCUCAAAAAAGAAGAAAAUUUAGAUCAAAAAGUUCAGGGUUAUUUAAAGUGAUCUAGAUGCUAUAGGUUUUAUGAGAUUUCAAAGAACUAAAAUGCAAUGA